AUGUCGACUAUGCCCGCGUCCCACGGCCACAAUGAGGCCUGCUGCAACAUUCCUCCCGUCGUGUCCUCGGGAUACGAGGCUAAGGGAACCUACAAGGAGAUUGGCGGAUACAAGACUUACGUCACCGGUCCUCUCGACGCCAAGAAGGCUAUCGUAGUCAUCUACGACAUCUUUGGGUACUUUGACCAGACCCUGCAGGGCGCCGACAUCCUCGCCUUCAGCGACGCCCACAACAAGUACAAGGUCUUUAUCCCUGACUGGUUCCAGGGCAAGCCCUGCCCCAUUGAGUGGUACCCUCCGGACACGGACGAGAAGAAGAAGAACCUCGGCGAGUUCUUUGGAACUUAUCCUCCUCCCAAGAUCGCCGGCCUGGUGCCCGACUACGUCAAGGCUGUCCUGGAGCAGGACUCUGCCAUCUCCAAGACUGGUAUUCUCGGCUACUGCUGGGGCGGCAAGGUUGUGGCCCUCACCACAAAGGCCGACACCAACCCCUUCUCCGUGGCUGCCUCAAUCCACCCUGCCAUGGUUGACGCCGCUGAUGCCGAGGGUAUCAAGACUCCCACCAUCCUACUGGCCUCGAAGGAGGAGCCCGACGAGGAGGUCAAGAAGUUUGAGAAUGCCCUGGCUGGACCUAAGCACGUCGAGACCUUCAAGGACCAGAUCCACGGCUGGAUGGCUGCUCGCGCCGAUCUCAGCGACGACCGGGUCAAGGAGGAGUACGAGCGAGGCUACAAGACAGUCCUCAAGUUUUUUGGCGAGAACUUUUAA